UGUCAGCUAGUUUUAAAUGAGUUAGAGCUCUUUAUCUUUUAUUUGGAGAUCAGCAAAUGCUUUAAAACUGAAUCAAAUCACCUGUUUCUGUUCCUGCUAAGUUCGUUGUAAUGUCUGUUGUGUUGCUGUAAAACUCAUAGUUUCUCUGUUUCAGUGUGUGGAUCAUAUUGCUUAUGGGACUUCAAACUUCAUCACAUCAAGAUGUAAAACCAUCAAGACCCUCAAUCAAGACUAUAAGGCAUGUGCUUCAUGUGAAAACAUCAAAUGAAUAAAACAUCUCACACGUCUCCUGUGAAGAGGAAUGAUCAGACGUUUCUCAGAAGCACUCUGACAUGGGCAACAAAAAGUCAACCUCAAACCCCGGCUACACAUUAGUAAAGAGUAACGAUGAGAAGAUCCUGGCGAAAAAUGAAAGUGGUGAUCAGUUUGCAGUUAAAAAGCUCAGAGCUGGACAGGAAAGGGAUGUGAACUUUCUGCUGCAUCUCAAUCAUCCACACAUCAUCCAUCACAAGGAGAUCAUCAGAGAUGGUGACUGUAUAUAUCUAGUACUGGACUACUUUGAGGCUGAAGAUCUCGCUGAGAAAAUAAAACGCAAAACACAGACAGCAGGACAAUUUUCUGAGAAAGAGAUUUUGGACUGGACUGUGCAGAUCUGUAUGGCUUUAAAAUACCUGCAUGAUCAACAGAUUCUACAUAAAGACCUGCAGCCCAAAAGCUUAUUAUUCACUGCAUGUGGGACCAUCCGUUUGGGAGAGUUUGAUAAAAAGUUCACUGAUGUACAAACAGCGGAAUCUGAAUCUGUUGCAUAUGUUGCACCUGAGAUAUUAAGUGGCAAAUCUUAUAAUAAGAAAAGUGAAAUCUGGAGAUUGGGAUGUGUUAUCAAUGAGAUGUGCACACUGAAGAGGGCUUUUUCAUCAAGAAACUCAGCUGAGAUUGUUAAAAAGAUACGCAAAAGCUCCUAUGAACAUCUUCCUGAGAACUUCUCUGAGGAUCUGCAUGAGCUGAUAAAAGACACCCUUCAUGUUAAGCCAGCGGACCGUCCGUCUGUCAGUGAGAUCCUAAAGAGGCCUUUUAUCAUCAAACACCUUAACAAAAUGAGCAAACAAACUAUAGAAGAGCUUAAUAAGAGUCUAGAUGAGCUGAGAACACUGGCUAAUGACUUAGAAAAGAUCCACUUCAACACAACAGUCGGCAGUCUUGCAGGAGGAGUGAUAGGACUGGUUGGAGGAAUCUUAUCUGUGGUGGGACUUAUUUUGACUCCAUUCACACUCGGAGCAUCUCUGAUAGUGACAGGAGUGGGAGUCGGCGUAGCAACUGCAGGUGGAGUAACAGCUGGAGUGAGCAAUGUGACAAAGAUAGUUAAUCAGCGUUCAAACCGGCAAAAUGUCAAAAUGCUUAUAACAAUGAUACAAGAAAAAAUUACAUCCACAAGCUGCUGCAUCCAAAACAUCCAGAUAGCAGUUGGCACCAAACUAAAAGAGUUUCCUGAAAGCGAUCAACCACAGUCAAAUGCACAGUCUGGGGAAAACAGUGAUAAACAGACUUUGGCAAGUGGAGCUCGACUUGGACGAGGACUGGCAGGAAUCUCAGAGCUUGCCCGUUUAGUUGAAGUCGCAUCAGUUGGGAAAGUUGCAGCUCAGACUGCAAGAGUUGCUCGUGUAGCUGAAGUGGCUACUGGAGUUUUAUCUGGACUGUUCAUAGCUGUUGACGUCUUCUUUAUUGCUCUCGAUGCCAAAGAAAUUCACGACCUCCGCCAAGAUACAGCUUCAAGUGAGGCUCAACAAGAACCAGAAAAUGCAGCAUCAAAUAGAGGUCAAAACCCAGAGACAACUGAUGACACGUCUGAACAGAGCAAGGCAAAGAAUCUGACAAACACAAAGAAAAAAGAGCAAGAGCUGCGGACUGAGAUCAUGAAAUUUGUAAAAACAAUAAGGGAGACUGAGAAAGAGCUGAGAAACAUUCUUGAUGAAUUAAGAGAAGAGCUGCAAGAACUACAACCAAAAAUACCAAACUCGUAUGAUGAUGAUGAUGAGCUGAUGAUGAUGAUGAGCAGGAGUCGCCUGUCCUUUCAGUAAAGGUUUACCAUGUAUCUUGGGCUUUUAGCUUCCCGUAGAUCAGAUGUACUGCAUAAUACUAGCAAUGUCAAUAUUGUGGGUUUGUUGUCCCGGAAAGCAAGAACUAUUAAAAUGUGUACUUUCACUCCCUCACUAUCUU